AUGAAUCUAACAGCUGCAUCUACAUUUGACUAGAAUAUUAGAGAGGAUCAAGAUAUAGAUCUACUCUUUGAAGCAGAUGAUAUCCCUAUGAAGGAUGAGUCAUGUGCUAAUCCAAACUCAGUCAAUCAACAAUUCAUUGAAGAGCAUGAGAAGAGUCUGAAUGGUAUAUAUCAAUACAAUAUUGAUACAAAAAUUGAAUGCAAUGGUCUGGAAUCAGAUUAUUUUUACCUUGAGUCUGACUUCAUAAGCAUGGUGGAGCAGAGUAACAAUGAAUUCAUAAUGCCAAUUCAAACCAUUUAAGUAGAAUACUACACUGAGGAACUUCUGCAGAAUCUAAAGAAAAUCUUAGAAGCAGACUAGAAAGUUCUCUAGCUCAUGAACCAGAGAGACAAGGAGAACCAACUCAAUUAGAAGAGACCUAAUAUUGCCAGGAAAACAGCCAGAGCUGAAACAUCUGUCAUUCAAGGCGAGGUUACCACAACAGCUAUCAUUAUCAAUAAUGGCAAGGAAUCUGAGCUGGUUUACCGAGGAGGAGUGUUGGUGCCUUAAGAGAACCCAAGACUUGCAUUAGCAGCCAGGACUAAUGAAAGACUAAUCAGAUUCGGAUUGGUUAAUCCUAGAAUCAAUGACGUAUACCAACUAAAAAAGGUGCUAUUAAAUGAAGAAGAUAUCAAGAGAAGUCCAUGGCUGCAGAGGUCAAGAGAGAUUCUAUCAGAAGAAGAAAUUCAUUUUGAGAUGGAAAUCAUUUAAAGUAUGAAAGAUUGCGUUAAUGAUCUUAAUCCUUCAAAUUCUGGAAAGAGAAUGGAUUCUGCUGAAAAUGAUUUUAAGUAUAUGACAGACUAAGACUAUCUAGCAUAGAAAAAAGAGAUGAAUUUGAUUAUGCCAAAUUUAUAUCUGUCAGGAAUAGAACCUACAUUUUAGCUUCACUAUUUACAAAAGGAGAAUAUAAAAAGCAUACUUACUGUUGCAAACUUAAUAGAACCGAUGUUUCCAGAUGAUUUUGAAUACAAAAUAAUUGAUAUUGAUGAUAAUGCCUCUUGCAAUCUCCUCCAACACUUUGAUGAGUGUAUUGAUUUUAUUGAUACUCGUAUUGCUGAAGGUAAAAACGUGCUAGUCCACUGUGCUGUUGGAGUUUCAAGAUCAGCCUCAGUUGUUAUUGCAUAUGUGAUGAAAAAGAAAGGAUUAACUAGAGAUGAGGCAAUGGCCUUUGUAAGAAAGAGUCGCCCUGCUAUUUACCCCAAUUCAGGAUUUAGAGAGUAACUACUCAAAUUCUAGGAGGCACUAAAAACUUCAAGAUAGUGA